AUGCAGUUAAAGACACCAACGAGACUAAACUACGAGAAGAAACUCCAUUCACCCCCAAGUCUUGAGAGGGAAAAUGGGUGGCAAACACCUACGAAAUUUCUUAGGAAUCUUUCAGGUAAAGUGUUUAGGAGCAAGACGCCAGAAAUUAAUAAAGGUAAAUUCGAAAAUGAAAAGGCCAGUUCAGGUCUGUAUACACCAGCACUUGGUCUUAAAAUGUCAAAGAGAUCUAAUGUUCCAAAACCCCUGGAUUUAACCAAGCCAUUAUCACCUCCCCCAAGUUUAAGAAAACAGAUUAGUCUAUCACGUAGUGGUUCUACAGUAGGUUCUUUGAAGAACGAAGAUUUUUUCUCUCUAGAUUCUCCAGUUAAUUUAAGAUCCAAGACUGGUUUAUCCUAUAAUAAUACUUCCAGAAAUUUAACUAGUUCGUUGAUGCAAGAAAGUUUAUCUGAUGGUUCUACAUUAAAUAAUGAGGGGAUUCUUCUCUGUGCAGAUACAGAGGAUGGUCCUUAUCUGGAGGAAGAUUCCCCCACGUAUUUGUCUAGUUUUGCCAGAAAUGUUAGAAUGACCAAAGCUGGACCUAAAAGAUUUGUAGGUAAUAAAUGUUCACUAUGUGAAGAAAUGAUCAGUUCCACAUUCAAAGGGGAGAAAAUUGUCGAAUUGGAAUGUGAUCAUAUAAGCCAUUAUCAAUGCUACAUCACUGUGUUCGAUUCUGUUUAUCUUGAUGAGGUGAUGCCCACGUGUAGGGUAUGUAAUAAGAUGGUUAAGCCUAAGGACGAUGAACUUUUGCAAGAUAUGACAUCAAGAGUUCUAUCUGGUGAUAUUUCAUCGGACGGUGAAAUGAGUAGCUCGACACUCGGUACAACAGAACAAUGGAUUGAUUUGAAAUCUGCAAAAACAUUUGAUGGUAAAUUCCCCGCUUUCACUCCAAGGGAUCAAGUUAUACGAACUGCUGAUAUUACCUCCAACGGAUUUAGAACACCAUCUUUAUCACGAUUUGAUAAUGAACAGGUUUCACCCUUCCAUGGGGGUUGUAAUUCUCCAUUAGUGGAAGAAAUAGUUCCAAUAUAUGACCCAUUUAAGGAGGAAAUUGUUGCGUUGGAUUGUAAAAUGCAGAAUGAACCUAAACUUCGACUUGGCAAAACCGAAGAUGAUAAGUUGGUUUUAUCCGUUUUAAUUCCAGGACAAAAACAAAAUUCCAUAGAAAAAGACAAAGAUAUUCAUGAAGAUGAGGAUGAUAUGAGUGUGGAGGCAAUUGAAUUUUUAUCCACUCAAGCUGAAAAUUUAAUUAAAAAGAGCAUUGGGUUGGAUGAACCACUUGGGAAAUUAUGUAUUUUUGAAGAAUUGCAAUUUUCCACAGAUGAUGAUCAUUGGACAAAUGUCAUUGGGUAUUUAUUUUCAUCCUAUUUGCUACUAAUUGAUGUGAGGACCCAGUUGAUAGUGGGUAAGAUCCCCACUGAGCAAAUUUCCAAAGUGACUCAAAUAACUAAAGGUAAUCUUAUGAUUGAUUUGAAGAGUACGGUGUUACCUGAAAUUUACUUAAAGUUUGAAGGAACUUCUGUGGAUCAGUCGUUGGUGGAUAAAUGGAAAUACUAUUUGGAACAUAGAGACGAAUAUCCUGGUUUGAAUUAUGUCACGUCGAUGUCCUGGACGGUUCUUCCGGAGACAUUAGUCUCAGAGAUCAAUAAAUGUAUUGCUCCUCGUAGUACGAGGCAUCCUUGGGAUUCGGAAACUUGCGAGACAUCUUUGGAAGUGAUCGUGUGUUUAAACCUAUGUUCUAGUAUUGAUACUCCAGAUCAUGAGCGUGACGUUAUGAAUUCGUUAAGAUCCAUUUUUAAUUCUUUAAAAGAUGAUGAUUUGUUUGGAUUGGUUACCGUUGGUAAAGAUGGUAGUGGUGAACGGGGAGAAUUUGGUACGUUUAUUGGUACAGUGGAGAAGAAAUGGGACGGUUGGAAUGAUAUAUUUGAAGAAUUGGAAUUGACGUUUUACCAAGACAAUAAAUUUUUCCAAGAUUGCAAUGUGGAAAAACUUGAGAUGUUGAGGACUUGUACUAGAAUAGCCAACAUGUCCACUAGACCGCUUGAUUUGAAUAAUUCAGUGGCUUACCAAAGACACGUUAUUAUGCUAAGAGAGUCCCACGAGUCUACUGAAGAAGAAUCGUUGAAGAUACUUAGGAUGAAGGAUGUACUUGAGCAUGAUCAUUCCGUGGCAUUACUAGAAAUUGAACCUGAACCUGAAAGAGCCGACGGUAAUGCAGUUUUAGCAAGUCCAUUGCAAAAGCUCAUUGAAAAUUUGCAUGGGGCGAUGUUAUUUGAUCUGAAUGUGAACUUACUGGAAAGAAAAAUCUGUUUUGGCAACAUGAGAAGUGGAGAGGAAAAGACGUUACCACUGGAUGGAAUCCACCUACACGAACUGGCUGACGACGGCACGAAUUGUUCCGUUCAAUGGUUCGAUGGCCAGACACAUCAUAAAUUGGAGAGGCGCAUCACUGCUACCCACAACUGA